UUGUCACUUUGUCCUCUCCGCAGUAAACCAGAAAAAAGUCGUUUGAAUGCUGUGGCUCACAGAGCUUGCACAACAAACAGAUACGUCUCCGGCUUCCAAACCAGACAUGGAGCUCUGCAAGAUAUCCCCACAUUGGACGAAGACCAGUCCCUCUCUCUUUCAUCUCCGUCGACCCAGAUUGAUCAAGGAAGAAAAGAGGUGUCGCAUUUUCUGUGUGGACAAUAACCAGUCCUUAAAGUCAGAGCAGUUAAUUGUUUCAAUAACUGGAGCUACAGGCUUCAUUGGUCGAAGAUUGGUCCAAAGGCUUCUUGCAGAUAAUCAUGUUGUUCGUGUUUUGACUCGGUCUAGAUCCAAGACAAAGUCCAUUUUUCCUGCCAAGGAAUUUCCAGGUAUUAUAAUCGUGGAGGAACCAGAAUGGCCAAAAUGUAUUGAAGCUUCAAGUGCUGUUGUGAACUUAGCUGGGUUGCCUAUUAGUACCAGAUGGUCUGCUGAGAUCAAGAAGGAGAUCAAGCGAAGUAGGGUCAAUACCACCACAAAGGUGGUGGAUGUGAUCAAUUGCUUAAGCCCAGAUGUUCAGCCUAAAGUUUUGGUCAGUGCAACAGCUGUAGGUUAUUAUGGUACUAGUGAAACUCAAGUGUUUGAUGAGCAAAGCCCUUCAGGAAAUGACUUCCUGGCAGAGGUCUGUAGAGAAUGGGAAGCUAGAGCCCAAGGGGUCAACAAAGACGUUCGUUUGGUGCUUAUUCGCAUUGGUGUUGUCCUUGGCAAAGAUGGUGGUGCUCUAGCCAGAAUGAUUCCUCUCUUCAUGAUGUUCGCUGGCGGUCCACUAGGUUCAGGAAAACAAUGGCAAAUGAUUGCUGCAGGUUUUCCUGGAUUCAUUUGGAUGACCUGGUUAGCCUUAUUAUGGAAGCUUUAUCAAAUCAAUCAUAUAAAGGAGUCAUCAAUGGCACUGCUCCAAAUCCAGUGCGGUUGGGUGAAAUGUGUGAGCAGUUGGGUCGAGUCAUGGGCAGGCCAUCGUGGCUGCCAGUCCCAGAUUUUGCUCUCAAGGCAGUCCUUGGUGAAGGGGCUUCUGUUGUUUUGGAUGGACAAAAAGUUCUUCCGAAGAAAGCCCAAGAGCUGGGUUUCUCGUUUGACUACCCAUAUGUCAGUGAUGCCCUUAAGGACAUCAUAACAUCCGACAAGAAACUAGUCCAAGGACAGGUCAGAGCACCAUAGAUGUUAUGUUAUGGUGCUCUUCAUCUCAAAGUAGGCUUGCAAAUCAUAAUUUCAUGAACAAUAUUUGAUUAAUGGAAGUUUAUAAUUCUCUAUCCUAAAAUUUGUAAGCUUGUUCUUUCAUUCUUUUCUGGAAAAGUCCAUGUUCCUCAUUAAAAGCACUGAAAUUGUAUCAGUGCGAUGCAUUGUGAGCAUUCAGGCUUCAGGUGGAAGUUUGAAUGAUUGAAAAUUCAGAAAGCCAUACAAGUUGGCCCUUCCAUGUAUUUGGAGGAAUUAAUCAUCUUUUUUAUUAAACAGACAACAGGAACACUUAGUACCACCA